UCGCGUUUUGGUCAUUUAGAUGCAAUCGGCUUAAUAAUAUUUCAAUACUAAAAUCAUAUCUAAAUAGAUUGUCGAUUAGUACAAAUCUAGUGGUUAAUUUAAAAUAAAUAAAUUCAAGACAAUAAAAUUUAUUGAAAAUGUGGCCAGAUUGAUAAUAUUAAAUAGUAAUUAUUUAGUGAAUAGCCCCGGGGUCUUUGAUUUUCAUAGUCCGUUACCUGGCGAGCAGCCAUCAUCCCUGUGUUCUAUUGUUCGCUCAUUAUGUAUCCGGCACUUAACCACGUGUUAUGUCAAUAUAUUCAAUUUAUUUUAAUGCAUUAUCGAAUUAAUUUCCAAUAGUAUAUAAUUAUUGAUAAUUUAGUAACAUGGGUACAGAUUUUGUUGAAGAUUGGACCAUUGUAAGUACCUUAGGGGAAGGAGCAUUUGGAGAAGUAAAAUUAUUGGUUAACAAAACAACUAGCGAUGCAGUAGCAAUGAAAAUGAUAGAUUUAGAAAAGCAUCCAAAAGCUUCAGAAAAUGUGCAAAAAGAAAUAUGUAUCCAUCGUAUGUUAAACGAUCCAUCGAUAAUUCGUUAUUAUGGGCAAAGAAAGGAAGGUCACAAAGAAUAUAUUUUUUUAGAAUACGCCGCUGGAGGUGAAUUAUUUGAUCGAAUAGAACCGGACGUAGGUAUGCCUGAAUUAAUUGCACAAAAAUAUAUGCGGCAAUUGAUGUCAGGCGUUGAAUAUUUGCACAAAAAAGGUGUUUGUCAUCGCGAUUUGAAACCAGAAAAUUUAUUAUUAGAUGCAAACGAUAAUUUAAAAAUAACAGAUUUUGGUAUGGCUACUAUAUUUAGAGUGCGAGGGAAAGAACGUCCCCUCGAAACACGAUGUGGAACCUUACCAUAUGUUGCACCCGAAGUUCUUAAACGACCGUAUCGUGCUCAGCCAGUUGAUAUCUGGUCAUGUGGUAUUAUUCUUGUUGCAAUGCUCACCGGAGAAUUACCCUGGGAUAAACCAGCGUUAGAUUGUCCUGAAUAUCAUAAAUUUCGCGAAGAACAGUUUCCUUCCUUUUCGCCAUGGAAUAAAAUUGGUAAUAUGGCAUUAUCAUUAAUUUAUUCGAUAUUGAAAGCGGAACCAGAAAAACGAGCUACAUUGGAUCAAAUUCAUAAAAAUCGUUGGAUGUGUCAUACAUUUACCUCGAACGAUGAGAAGACCAAUUGUCCGGGAUCACCAAAACGAAAAUGCUAUGGCGCUGGAUUUAUUGAUGAUGUUGAUGGAAAAAUAUGUCAAUCUCAACCGGAAUCGUUACGUGUAUCAAAUAUUAAUGAUGUAGCUACGGCAGUCACACAUAACACAAAUGAUAUUAUCAGUUUCUCACAACCAACCCACUUAGACGAUUUACUAUUAAGUACACAACUACAUUUCACACAAUCGCCUGUUAAUCAAAAUCAUUAUCAAAAAUUAGUGAAACGUAUGACACGUUUCUUUGUAAAUACAAAUUGGGAAACUACCGUACAACAAUUAUGUGAUUAUUUCGAUAAGCAGUCAUUCAAAUGGAGUAUAAAUUCAGGAAUGGUAACAAUAACUACAAUGGAUUGUCGAAAUAUGCAGUUGGUAUUUAAAGCUCAUGUGUUAGAUAUGGAUGGUCAUAUACUAGUUGACUUUAGAUUAUCUAAAGGCUGUGGCUUAGAAUUCAAAAGACGUUUUGUUAAAAUUAAACAACAUUUCCAGAAUAUUAUUGUAAAAGGUGCCAUCGAUACAUUGUGGCUGGUUCCGACCAAGUGAAAAUUAUUUGCAUGAUAGUGUUGUCUUCAAGAAUAAUUAAUUAAAUAGAUCUGUUAAAAAAUUAGAAUAUAGAUUAUAUAGUCAAUACAUUUUGUAGCUUUAAAAAAUAGAAUCUUGUCAAUUGCUAUCAUAAGUUAAGUGUAAAGUGAUUUUUAUGUAUUUUUUAUAA